AUGUUCGAAGCUCACAAUUUGUACGCAGAGCACAAGGAUUUAAUUCAUGAUAUCGCCUACGAUUAUUAUGGACAGCGGAUGGCAACGUGUUCUAGUGAUCAAUUCGUCAAGGUCUGGGACGAGGAUGAUCAAGGUGGCUGGCACUUGAGCGCAUCCUGGAAAGCUCACAGCGGUUCUGUUUGGAAAGUUACCUGGGCUCAUCCGGAAUUCGGACAAGUUUUAGCUACAUGUUCUUUUGAUCGUACUGCUUCUGUUUGGGAAGAAAUUGUUGGCAGAAGCUCUGGACCAAAUGAACGCGGAAUGCGUCACUGGAUCCGCCGUACUAAUCUAGUGGACUCUCGAACUUCAGUAACAGACGUUAAAUUCGGUCCUAAAACCCUGGGAUUAAUAUUAGCAACAUGCAGCGCAGACGGUGUGAUCAGGAUUUAUGAAGCGCCGGAUGUGAUGAACCUCAGCCAGUGGACUCUGCAGCACGACAUAAAUUGCAAGCUCGCUUGCAGCUGUAUCUCAUGGAACCCAUCAAUGUCCAGACUCCAUCCGCCAAUGAUCGCUGUCGGUAGCGAUGACACCAAUGCAGCUGCCGGUGGCAAAGUAUUUAUUUACGAGUACUCUGACAAUAGCCGACGAUGGACGAGAACAGAGACUAUUUCAAAUAGCCAGUCCACGACAUUGCAUUUUCUUCAAAUCUCGGCAGGAGUUAUCAUACUCUGGCUAUCGCUACCAAAGACCGACAGCGCUCAAAAUGGUCUAUCACGGUUCGAAAUAACGACAGCCGCACAAUUUGACGAUCAUUACUGCACUGUUUGGCGUGUGUGCUGGAACACAAUGGGAACUAUUCUGGCAAGCUCUGGGGAUGACGGAUGCGUUCGUCUGUGGAAAGAUAAUUAUAUUAAUAACUGGAAAUGUGUUGCUGUAUUAAAAGGCGACGGUACUUCCUCGCUAGGUAACGAGCUAGCCCAAAGUGCAACACCGCCUGGACAAUCAAAUAAUACACAGUUACCGCUAUCAACAAGUUACAGAACAAUAGCGAUUGCUGAAGCGAGCGGUGAAAAAUCAAUGAUUAAUGUCCCCUCGGCAAAUAAAUGGCAGACACCUGUGAUUAAAGGACGAUUUAGUAAGACUGUUUGGUUGGGUAAUCCGAGUGAAACUUCAUUACCGCCUCCACCGUCGGUCCUCGAGUAUUCGAGAGGAAAAAAGUAA